UAAAACAAACUGAUCUUCAAGAGCUUCAUUUAGAUGACAUAUAAGGAGUCACAAACAUCCCUGAGAUUAACGCGAUUACAACCUAAACAAAUCUCAGUUAUUAAGUUUUUCUCAGUAAAAGAGACUUUUAAGCUAGUAAAGCCCGUGAUACUGUUGAACUAAAGUAAGAUGGUCAGUUAAUGUAACCUGGUUGCAGGAAUAUGUUUGCUGUAAGUCAAUACCAGUGGCGGGUCAUUCUUAAGUCGAACAUCACAUGCAGCACUGCAGUAGGGGAGAGUCCAGAAGUAUUUGGCUGUGAAAACCAGAUAUGGGGUGCACAAAUUCAACAACCUUGAAGGGAGAAAGGAUGAAUAAAGCUCAAUAUCGUGAAGCUUUGAGAUCAUCAGUCGUGAUUCAGAAAUGGUUUCGACGCUACAAGGCACGCUUGGAAGCGCAAAGAAGAUGCACGUGGAAAAUAUUUGAGAGCAUUGAAUACUCGGAAGAGCAGGACCAACAAAAUUUAUACAACUUUUUCAACGAGAUGGUAGAAAAGGUCAGUGCUGACAGCCAAGUAUCGCAGCUCAGGGAAGUUCUUCUGAACGGCAACUCAGCACUUAAUUCAGAUGCUAGUGAAGAAGGAUCGAUCAUAGCAGCUGAUAUUGAAAGCACUGUAGUUUCACCCUCGUAUGAAGGCCCUCAUGUUGAAAUGCCUCUUACAUUAGACAAAACACGGGAAAUUCUAGACCACUUUAAGCGUGGUCGGAUUCUACACGCAAAGUAUGUGAAACGCGUCAUAUGGGAAGCUACCAAAAGAGUUCAGAAACUGCCGAACGUUGUCAAUGCAAAUUUGAGAAUAUCUAAACAGAUUACAAUUUGCGGUGACAUUCAUGGAAAACUGGAUGAUUUGUUAACUGUAUUCCACAAGAAUGGUUUACCGUCGUCGGACAAUCCGUACCUCUUCAACGGUGACUUUGUAGACCGCGGGGCCUAUUCGAUUGAAGUUCUUAUCAUCCUCUGUUGUUUCUAUUUGAUGUACCCUUCUGACGUCUACCUAAACCGUGGCAAUCACGAAGACUAUCUCAUGAACUCAAGGUAUGGUUUUGUCAAAGAAAUUCAAAAUAAAUACAAGAAAGACGCUGCCAUGAUUAAAGAACUGUGUAAAAAUCUGUUUACAUGGUUACCAUUGGCAACGAUUGUUAGCAAAAGAAUAUUCGUUGCACAUGGUGGGAUUUCAGAUAAAACAGAUCUCAACAUGAUCGAAAGUUUAAAGCGAUAUCAGUUUGCAUCGGUAUUAAAGCCAUCACACAUCGUUCUUGAAGAAGGCAUCCAACCUAACCUAGAAGCAGUUGCUGAAUGGGAGCAGAUCCUAGACUUGUUAUGGAGUGAUCCUCAGUCUGACCCUGGUCGAGUCUUCAAUCAUAGUCGUGGGGGUGGAUGUUUUUUUGGUCCCGAUAUAACUGAGCAGUUCUUGAAGAAGCAUAACAUGGAUUUGAUCAUACGCUCCCACGAGUGCAAAUAUGAAGGUUAUGAAUAUGCUCAUUCAAACACAGUGUUAACUGUAUUCUCAGCGUCUCAUUACUACGCAGAAGGUAGUAAUUAUGGUGCUUAUUUGAAAUUAAAUGAAUCUUCAAGACCCUUUCCAGUGCAGUUUGCUGUUACGAGAGGAAGAAAAUCCCUUUCACUGAAACAAAUAGUUGGACUAAAUGAGCAAUCGGCGCUACGGGAAUUACGAGAACGAUUUUUUUAUCACCGUGAGGAAUUGUUAGCCAUAUUUCAAAAAUACGAUACUGAGAAUACAGGAUCCAUUAAGCUUAACGACUGGGCAUAUUGCUUGGAAAGUGUAUUACAUUUGAAGUUGCCUUGGGCAUUGCUUAGAGAAAAGCUUGUGGCCACAGAUGACAAUGGGAACAUAUUGUAUAUGACUUGCUUAGAAGGAUACAAAUUCGAUUCUGCUGUACCGCAGCAAUUAACAAGUUUGUCAGAGGUACUAUACAGAAACAGAAGUGCAUUGGAAACAGUGUUUCGCCUGAUUGACAAAGACUGCUCUGGUUGCAUCAGCCUUGAAGAAUUCAAAAAUUCAUGUGAAGUACUAAACCAGUUUUCCAAUCACAAAAUUCCCCCAGACAAAAUAAAUGACCUUGCUCGUGCGCUUGAUAUAAAUAGAGAUGGACUUAUCGAUUUUAACGAGUUUUUAGAGGCUUUCAGGCUAGUUUCACAAUCAAUGGAGCAAAAUGAUGUCUGAAUUGUAGAUUCUUUGUAAAGUUUCUUGAGUAACCAGACUUUUUGUUUUGUGGGCUACUCAGUUUGAAGUCUCGGGAAAAAAGUAAAGUACUAUUAAAUUACUCUGUUUUAGAUUAAUCUUACACAAUCCUCUUUCGUUCAACAUAAAAGAUGCCCCAUCUUUUACUCAAGGUUUUAUUUUAGCGUCUAUAUCUUAUGCUUAAAGGUAGCCAAAAAUUGUUAUCUUAAACCCACUAAUGUUUGGCCUUUUUGCAAAAACCAAGGAAAUGGCGUCAGUGUAGGGUUUUAAGUACAUCUCAGAAUCAUUAGGAGGCUAAGCUCCCUUAGACCCCUGUUUCCAUGGUUUCUUGAAAUUCAUCAUGUUUCAAAGAUUAACCUGAAAACUUGGAGUUUCUUGCAUGAAAGCCUACCUAUACCAGGCGACCUCAAAAGCCAUGAAUACCUCAAAGUCUAACAUAAGAGAUUUGAGACAUAAUUGGGAUGUUGCUCUAUUAUAUUGUAAGAAGAAAUGCUGGGAUUGUAAAGCAUAUAUAUAGCAGCAAGAAUUGAUCUAAUAUAUUGAGGUUAGUAGUAGGGCACGAUGCCAAAAAGCUCAAGAAUUAGGCUCCUUACGAAUAUAAUAAAGUUAAACCUUGGACAAAAACUUGUUAAAUACGUCACUUAAUCCAAAACUAAGAGUAUUUUGGUUGUAUGAGCUAUGUAAAUUUGCUUUUUGGAUUUAUUCUUAGGCCAGAAAUUAUUUCUUUCCUGCUUAUUUUUUUAAGGAGCGAUCCUCAAAAAAAUAUUAUGGCGUAGAGGCUUUGAAAUCUGCUUUCUUUGUUUAUUUUUUUUAAAUAUUCAAUCUGUACAAGAAAACUAGCUAAUUUAUAAGUUUUUAAAAGCCUUUAGACACCCAUAAGUUGCGGUCAAUUGCUGUUAGAAGAACAGCACACAACACCUUCCUUCCUCCCCUUUGCCCUGAAGACCUAUAGAUAAACACGAGACGAUAGUUAUCCAUGCCUUAUUAUAUAUCUCAUAAUUAUCAAUGUCCUGUUAUUUGUUCCUAAGUUAUCUCUGUGUGCCAAUGUACCACGGUGUGGUUAACAGAAGGAACCAAAAAUAAUUUUGACAUUUGUAGACCCGAAUAAUGUAAUCAUACUUCCCAUUAUUUAAGAAGAAAGAUUUGUGAAUAUACUAGUCAAAGUCCGUUGUGUGGCUAGAACCGCUAUUUCAACAAACACACGCAGCCAACUCACAUUCAGCCCAGGCCUUUCCCGGCCAGCCUAGUCACAUUCAGCCCAGACAUCAAGAAAGGGAUUUCGAUCCUACAUUUGGUUGGUUUUAUCUGAAGUCACGUUCCUCGUCGUAGAAGUACUUUGACAAACGUAGAUGCAACAGUGUUGAAUAUUGAAUUUGUAAAUGUAAAUAAUUUUUGUUAAAAAAGAUCAAAAAGUUAUUUGAGAUGAUGAAUAGUAUUUAAUUGGU